UGACGCAAAGUCAGUAGGGGUAAUAAUAGGAAUAGUUCUAAUUCCUUUAGUGAUAAUAAUGGUAAUUGUCAUCAUAAUUGUCAUAUGUUUGAAGAAGAAUUGGCAAAGUAAAAUACAUCAAAGACGAAGAAGUAGAAGAAGCAGAGAAACAAAAUCAAGCACAACUAGAACUGUUCAUCAACGGGAAACAACAACUACUGACACACCAAUUGAAAGAUUACCAGACAUUCAAGAAGAAGACGACACUGCUGGAUUGUCUUAUACGAGCAUAACAGAUCAAUCUAAAGUUACACUUUUUCAAAAAGAUACAGUGUCAAGAGAUGGUAACGAAGAAAAAGUAGAAAGUGACGAAGAAAAAGUAGACAAAGAUAAAGUUAACAAGACACAAGAAAAAUGUUCAAUAGAAAUAGAAAGAGUAUAGUCAGAAUCUGAAGAGCCAGGAUCUUCUGAGAUAAAAGAAGAGCCAUGUCCAUCUGGAGAGGAUUUUAUCGAAAACACCAGAUUGGAAAACGACCCAUGUCAGGGUAUAAAAAGUGAAGUAUCCAUUAUGCGUGUGUUUGAAAAUGAAAGUA